AUGCCCCCGCUACCAGGAUUCUCCGAUAACAAGUUCGAAAGUCGAGACGACUUUAUUGAGGCCAUUAUCGCACUCAUAAGUCCCCUCAGUAAAUACUUCUCAACAGACAAAUCUCGAAUUCGUAUACCGGUAGCAACAGGUGCACAUUUCGAUGAGUCGGCUGCUCAGCUAGAAGGUUUCGCAAGGCCACUAUGGGCGAUUGCACCAUUGCUUUACGGAUACGACUCUAUCAAAAACAAAGAGCUAGCAGCUCGGGUCGACGAAUUAGUCCAGCCAUGGGCUCAGGGCUUCAUAGCAGGGACCGAUCCAGAACAUCCAGAAUACUGGGGUGCUAUGAACCAUAUGGAUCAGAGAAUGGUCGAAGCUGAGAUGAUUGCAUUUGCCCUUAUCGCUGCACCAAAGAGAUUUUAUAACCCGCUGAGUGACAGUCAAAAGAACAACAUCAAAUCCUGGCUCGCCUCCAUCAACGGAAAGCAGAUGCCUCCAACAAAUUGGAGAUGGUUUCGCGUAUUCUGCAACUUGGCCCUAGUCAAGACCUGCGGCGUGGCUCUGUCUCAAGUUCAAGCCGAACUGGAUGCAGAUCUUGAGAUAUUGGAUAGCUUCUAUAUCGGUGAUGGGUGGUCAGGUGAUGGACCAUGGCAAACAGCCGAGCAAGCGAUCCAAGAGCAGGAGCUUGCUGAAAAGACUGGACGUCGAGACGCCAUUGGAGUAGGAAGACAAGCAGAUUACUACUCUGGAAGUUUCGCCAUUCAAUUCAGCCAGGUUCUUUACUCAAAGUUCGCUGCUGACCUGGACGAGAAGAGAUGUGAGAUGUAUCGACAAAGAGCACGUGACUUUGGCUCACAGAUAUGGAGAUACUUUGAUGCUCAAGGCUCUGCUAUUCCUUUCGGUCGAUCGUUGACAUAUCGAUUUGCCUGUGGAGGAUUCUUCGGUGCUUUGGCAUUUGCCAAAGUCCCUGACAUGCCUAAGCCGCUCGAUGCACCAGGGGCUAUCAAAGGCUUCCUCACACGGCAUCUGAGAUGGUGGGCGCACAAUUCAGCUGACAUAUUUGCUACUGAUGGUACCCUUACCAUUGGAUGGCUAUAUCCAAACAUGUUUAUGGCCGAAGAUUACAACUCUCCUCAAUCAGUCUACUGGUCCCUCAAAUCUCUCAUUGCUGUUGGUCUAGCCGAUGACGACGAGUUUUGGGCGUCAGAAGAAUCGGAAUACCCAGCCUUUGACCCUCCAACGCAAACAAUCACCGCUCCCCAACAAAUCCUGUGCAACCACCCGCUUGGAAACCAUCACUUCAUGCUUUCUCCAGGUCAAUUUGUGGCUUGGCCAAUGAAGGCCAACCAAGCCAAAUACUGCAAGUUUGCCUAUUCUUCGGCUUUUGGUUUCUCUGUACCUACAGGACCUCUCAUUCAACAGAUUGCCCCGGACAAUCAGCUGGCAUUGAGUCGGGAUGGUGGAGAAACCUGGGCUGUGAAAUGGAAGUGCGAUGCGGUGAAGUUUGGGAAUUUGAGGACGAAAUUACACAACGGGUCCCACACUGAUGUUACGAUCGCCAGUGUAAGGUGGUAUCCCUGGGGCGAUCGAGCGGUGGCUGUUGACACCAUUCUUGUGCCGCCCACCGACCAGUGGCCAGACUGGCAUAUUCGGAUGCAUCGCAUACGCUGCAACAAGAGCAUUCCUUCUUUUCAUACUAUUGAAGGUGGAUUUGCUAUAAAUGGCCGAAAGGCCACCAAUGGCAUGAGCCUACCGACGAUCGAGACAGUCGACGACGCCACGCCAGGCAAAUCUGAAGGAAUCUACUCAGAUAAUGUUUCAACACUGAUCUCCUCAGAAGAUGGAUGUAGCGGUAUCUGCGUUAACGCUCUUCUGGAUCAAUCCAAGACACCAGUCGAGAGCCACGCGCAGAAACCCGAUUCAAACACCAAUAUCGUUCGCCAACGAACACUCAUCCCAGCCGCAGCGGUGUCAAUUCCGGGGGGACUGGAACCUGAACAAGAACUUUUGAUUCAGACCUCGGUGUUCGCCAUCUCGUCAAAGGCCAACGGGGGUAUCUCAGGUGACGAAUCUUGUCUCAGGGAUCGCUGGCUAAACCGCCCUUCAGUUGAUGUGGCAAGUUUUGAACACAUGUAA